AUGAAAAUAAGAUUUGUUAAAGUAAAUUUGAAGAUCUAUAUUAAUAGAAUGUCAUAUCAAAUGUUAAGCUUGUGUAAACUAGAGUGACUAAUGCUUAAGUUGUAAAUUUUAAUUAAAUUCCAAUCGAAAAUCCCUAUCUGAGUAUUGUAAUUGUAAAGAUGGCUAUUUUGAUGAUGGAAUAUAACUUUAAUGCUAGCAAUGUAAUUUUAAAUGUAAAAUUUGUGUAAAUGAAUCAAAUCAUUGUCAAAUUUGCUAAAAUUCUAUACGAAUAAAUCCACCAAAAUGUGAAUGCAUGAAUGGAUACUAUGAAGAUGAGUAAUCCACUUGUUAAAGUAAUUUUUUAUUAUUAUAAAAGUUUGUGCUACUCAAUGUAAUACAUGUCUAUUAGAGCCCACAAAUUGUUUGACCUGUAAACCUGGAAGAAUUGAAUAGGAUUGUAAAUGUAUUGAUGGAUAUUUUGAAACCGGAUAAACAUUGUGCUCAUGUAUCAAAUUCUAAAAGAUAUAUAGAAUGUGCAUUUUAAUGUGCUACUUGUGAUUUCCAUCAAUUUAAUUGUAAGAGUUGUAAAGGGGAUAGAUUUUAAGAGCCUUAAUGUAUUUGCUAAUCCGGAUAUUUUGAUGAUCAAUUUAAUGAAAAUUGCUAAAAAUGUGAUAGUACUUGUUUAGAAUGCAAUAUUCAUGGAUGCUUAUAGUGUGCUGCCAAUAGAUUACUUAAUCAAGAUAUGGAAUGUAUUCCUCCGCCAAACUCGAUUUGGUAUGAUAAUACACCUUGGUGUUCAAGUAACAUUUUUCUAAUAUAUAUUUAGCUUGCCAAGUUGCAGUUAUUAAGGCUUAUUUAUCUGAUGAUAUUGGAAAGAUUAUUUUACAUUUUGAUUUUCCUUUGAAUCCUAAGGGCUUCAAUUCAUAAAUCGAAAUUAAUAAAUGUUUAUAAUUAUUUGAAGAAGAAACUGUAUUAAAAUUUGGCUAAAAUUCUGUUUGUUAUAUUAAUUAGGAGAAUAAUUAGCAAUUAUUAAUAUCUUUUGGAGAAUAUUCAAAAAUAAAAGUUGGCGAAGAUAUUUAAUUUAAAAGUAAUUCUAUAUCUCAUAUUAAUUGCGAAACUUCUUUAGAAAAGUUUAUUUUUGCUACAUUAAAAAUGCCAAUUAACCCUUCUCCUCCAUAAAUUGAAUAUAAUGUACCUCAUCAUAAACUGAAUCCUUUUUCGGAUAAUUCAGUUUAUUUAAAAUCAAUCAAAAAUAAUGGAAAUAGAAAAUUAGAUAAUAUUAUUUGGAUUUGCCAAGUCUAAACAAGUGAAGAUAGUUCAGCUCUUUGGCAAUUUUUAGAUUAAAUUAAUUUUGUUUAGGAAUAUAAUUUAUUUAUACCCAAGUUUACUUUACCAGUUGGGGCAGAACUAAAAUUUAAAAUAUAAUAUGAAAAUUUCAUCUUUAUUUCCUCUUAUUCAGAAUUUACAAUUUACACUCAUAAAGGAGAUCUUCCAUAAAUUAAUAUAUAUGUAAAACCUUCCUAUUUUGUCUAUGAGACAAUUUAAAUUGGGACUUCUGCUGGUAAUUUAGAUUAAUAAAUUUAAAAAGAUAAUACUAAGUACUAGAUUUAAAUGUUUGAAAUAGAUAGAAUUCCAUUAAAAUCUUCUUCGUCGUAAUUAAAUAUAUCAGUUCAAUCCUAUUCUUUUGAAUAAAUUAAUGCAAAUAUUUAAAAAUACACCUUAAGUCCUAAUUCAACUUAUACAUUUUAAGUUAUUGCUACCAAUUUAAAUACUUAGUAAGUUCAAUAAUAAAACUUCACACUAGAUAUACCCUUUGGUGGAUUAAUAUGUUAUUUUAAUAAUCUAGGGGUAUAGAAUAUAAGAAAAGAUUUAAAUCUCUUAAUUUAUUGUAAAGAUUUAGACACAAAAUAUGAAUGGAACGAUGAUCCUGAUUUGUUGAUACAUGUAGACUGUAGGGAUUUAUCAUUAAAUAGCCCUUGUUAAACUGAAUAAAAAAAAACCAUCAAAGUUAAUACUACAAAUACUUAUUAAUUCAUCAAAAGGAAUACUAUUUCCUCAUAUUCAGUAUAAGAAUGGACUGUUAAGGUAUCAAAAUUUCAACAAACUUCGAAAUUUGUUUCUAUAAUCGUUUAUCUUGAUAAUGAUUUUCCUGUAUUAGAACUAGAAUUUAAUAAGGGCUAUUAAAUGAGAAAAAUCAAUAAUUAUGAAUAACUUAAUUUUACAUUUUUAAUCCCUUUCCAUCAAAAACCUUAAUUAUUAGAGCUUUCAAUUGCAAUAAUAUACAACUAUGAAAUAAUUAAAAUACUUCAGCCUAAAUAUGUUUCACAUUAAUUCAAGAUAUUUGAUAGUAUUAAAGAAUUAAAUUUUGGGGAUAAUGUCAAUAUAAAAUUUUUAGCGUAAUAUACAAAUAGUAUAAUGCCAAGUCUAUAUAAUUUAAAAUUAUCUAUAAAUUAGCCUCCUUAAUGUUCAAAACUGUUUGUUACUCGUUCAAGUGACCUAGCACUUACAGAAAUCAAUGUAACAACUACAUGUGAGUAAUCAAAUGAUUUUCCUUACAGAUAUUAACUUAGAUUAUUUUUGAGAGAAUCAGAUUUGACAGGGUUUUUGCAAGGAUAAUUGGACAAUUCAUUAACUUUUUAUUCAUUUUAGAAUAAAAAUUUCUUCUCUGUGUAAAUUCCUUAAUCUGUUGACUCCUCAACAGUGGGAGUCCUUAUUUAAGUGCUUGAUAGUGGAGGGUCAAUGUCUCAAAUUUUUGAAAGAAUAACUUCGAAACCUGCUAAAAUUAAUUGUUCUUAAUUUUAAUAUUAGAAUAAUAAUUUAUAAUACAAGGUAUCAUUACUAUUUGAAGCAAUAAAUCAGAAUUGUAGUUAACUAUAUCUAAAACUUUAUAGUGAUUUGCUUUACGAAUAAAUUUUGCCAGAUCCUAAUGAUAAUAAUCUCAAAUUUUAAGCUAUAAAGUUAUAUAACAAGUUUUAACACGCAUUAAUUAAACCUAAAAAUCGUUUAUUAGAUGAAGAAAAUCCAUAAAUAUGUUAUGAUGUAAAUACAACCCAUUAUUAUGUUACAUAACAUUCAUCUGAAAUUCAGAACAAUUUAACAUAAAAAAUUAAAGACUUAGAAAAAAAUACUCUUAAUUUAAUGAGGGCUUUAAAUUAUUUAAGCUAAAUUAAAAAAUAAUGUGAAGAGGAGCUUUUACGAAAUUAAUACAUUUGGAAUGAAGAGAUAUUUUAAUAGUUAUAAAACUCAUAAGAUAGUUUGAUAAAUCUGUUAUACUUUCUUGAUGAUAUAUAUUCAGAUUUCUCAAACAUUAACACUAAAAAUGAAACAAUUUAUAAAAUUAUUUUUGAUUUGUUAAAUUAUAUUCCAAAGAUUGUAUAGGAAAUAUAAAACACAAUACUUAUUAAUGAUAAACCUAUUGUUGUUUAAGGAGAGGAGAUCCUUUGGUAGAUUAAAAGAAGAACAAAAUAAGAUUUCAAUAAAAUUUUUGAUAUUGAAGCAACAGAAGAGGAUUAUCUUAUAGAUUUUAUAUAAUUUGAAUAAACAUCUUUAUUAUCAAAUCCUUUAAGAUUUACUUCAGAACUUGAUAAUCAAUUGUAGAAAGAAUUUAAUGACGAAACGUUAAAAAUUUACUCUAAAAAUUACUACUAAAUUAAAUUAUAAAAUGUUUAUAAAAACAGAUUUCUUUAAUUUGAAAGUUUUCCUUCCAAGUUCAGUACAAAGUUAGGAACCUAUUAACUUUGUUUAAAUGAUACUUAAAUAAUAAAAGUAUAUGAGAUGUAGUGUGUACUUAGAACAAAUUCUGGAGAUUUUCAUAAAUGUAUUUUAAAUAGAAUUCUUAACAAUGACACAAUGGAGUAAAAUUGUGAGUGUAAUAAAUUUGGAGAAAUUUUCCUUAUCACCUCUUACAAUUUUAGUCAAGUAAUUGUAAAUGAUACUUUUUAAUAACAAUAAGGUAUUGAUAAUGUUUUCUUAUCAUAAUAUUUUUUGAUAUUGCUUAUUUGUGUAAGCUCUUUAAUAUUUAUGCAAAUGGCAAUCUACAUAUUCUAUCUAAUCAAAGAUUGCAAAAACUAACAAAUAAAUUUUAUAUAAGAUAACAUAGAUCCGCAAAUUAAUUUGGAUAAAAAAUCUCUAAUUUAUGUUGGAAAUUCUGCAGUUUUUAGAGAUAAAUUUAAAGUAAUAAUCCAUUAUAUCAAUAGUAAAUCCAUUAAACCAUUUCAUUAUUAUAUUAUAGAGACUAAUACAUUUAAUUUAGUUAUAGGAUUUUAGAAGUACUCUCAUAAUUUAAUAUCUUAUUAUCUUUAACAAUUCUCGAAUGCUAUGAUUAAAUUCAUUCAAUUCUGAUUAUUUGUGUACUAAUUGUUGCAAACCCUGUUAUCAUUUUGAUUUUGAGAAUUUUUUAUAAAAUAGUUGAAGCUAUUUAUAGAUUCCGAAGAAUUGCUGCUUUUAUUAGUAAUUUUAUACUAAUAAUUUUAUUGAUGACACCCAACCUUGCCUUACUUAUAUUUUACUAAUAAAAGUAAUUUAUUAUACUAUUCUAGAAUAUAAAUAUAAUUAGGAUAAUAUCAAGUUGCCAUAAUCUUUUUUGGAACCAUUGUAAUUUGGCAACUUCUUAUUGAACCAAUUACAGUCUUUGCUAGAAUCUUUGUUUAUAGGUUGAUAGCCUCCAGUAUUAAAAAUAUGGAGAUGAAUUCUAUCUACCAUUUUAUGCAUUUUUUUGUAAUGCAUAGUAGUUUAGAAGAAAUAUUUGAAGAGUUCACAAAAAUAUGA